GACCAUUCAAAUAUGAGAAAAGUGUCGGAUGAUUACAUGAUAUUGUACAUAGUGGGAAAAUCAUUGUUAAUUUAGUACAAACGUGUAUUAGCCCGUUAAAAACGUUGACUUUGCAAACGGAUUACUGUUACGGCAAAAUAAAAGCCACCUCAUCAACUUCCUUGACGUGAUACAAAGCAAGAAGGAAUUAAAAAAUUGUUGGCUGCGGGAUAAUUUUAGAAUCAAAGCAUGAGAGAAAGGGCAAAAUCUAUGGAGAUUAGUGCUGCCUCUUCCGACCGCAAUAACUUCUCAGAAUUCGACUUCUAUGUUUCUCCCAAAAUUGUCUGCAAGAAACACCCUUCAGCUUCGUUUAUUGUAAUCUCCCCUUACCACCUGAAAGACGGGGUUUUGAAGCUCAUCUGCGUGGAGAACAUCGACUCUCUUCUUGUUCUGGCUCUGACUAAUACUAUCGCUUCAUGGAUCUCACUCCUGAUGGAGAAUGAGAUUGGUUCGAGUCAGUCGACGGGGAAGAGAGGUAAAACAGAGGACAUGGCAGUUCUUCACGGGAGCAACAAUAACUGCGUUGAGACCAAGAAAUGCAGCAAUGGGUUCUAAAAGAUCAAGAGGCUAUUCGGAAAUAUGAAGAGAAGGGAAAAGCGUCAUCUCAAACAACGAUCGCCAAACGUUCGACGAAAUGCGUAUGUCAAGGUCGAGGUCUUUGUAGCUUAACAGACGAUGGGUGGUCGGAUCAGUAUAAAUUCUCCAGUGCAAAGAUUUCAGAUGUCACAAGUAGGUUUUGGUUUGAUUCCGACAAGUCAAGGAAGAGCUGGUUCAAAGGUGAUCUCCCCGAGAACAAGGAAAUCUUCCUAUAUCCACGAAGUAUCUCCCAUGCAAAAGAGAGUGAUUCUUUCACCAGUGCCAUGUAUGAUGAAUCAAGAGCACCCUUCAUUGACAUAACGCACGAUCUUUCUUCAUUACCAAGUCAGCGUUUUUAUUUUGCCAAAAGUAAUCCAUUUACCAAGUGAGCAUUUUUAAUGGGUUAAUACACAUCCCUACUGAAUUUUAUGUACCUUUGAAUAUCGAAAGGGGCGCCUUAACACUACAACCGCUAGGCCAUCUUUGAUUUUUUUGUUUUCAGCCAUCCUUGUCACCCGAAAGUCCACCGCAAAAUUGAUAUUAACGAAUUCAUUUUUUAAAAUAAUCCAAAUAGAUCCAAAAAUCUAAAGACGGAGGUGGUUUGGAGGUCAUCUUGACGAGGCGCACCUUUCGUCAUUUUUCUUUUAAUUUUACGGGGACUUUUGAAAAUCAGAUUAAUGUUCAUCGUAUUCCUUAAGCGUUUUUAACGACGUGACC